UAUAAAUAUAUUACCUAGAAAUGGAACUUUCCUGUCCAGAAGGGGAGAUCCCAAUUCCUUUGAACAGUACAUAUGGCGGGGGACAUGGCCUUUCCAAUGGCCCUUCCUCCUUGUUCAUGGAAGACCAUGUGGUUCCCUACAAGAAACAGGUGAGGUACCGCGAGUGCCUGAAGAACCAUGCGGCCGCCAUGGGAGGAAACGCCACCGACGGGUGCGGCGAGUUCAUGCCGAGCGGCGAAGAGGGCACCAUCGAAGCACUGACCUGCUCCGCCUGUAACUGCCAUAGGAACUUCCACAGGAAAGAAGUAGAAGGCGAGCCCUCUUUGAAUGAUUAUUGUUUCCCGUUGCAAGGCAGGAAACUGCUCUUGGGUCACCACCACCACAAGAGUAUCCUGCCACCCGAGGCUCUAGGGUACCCUACGGGUACUCUCGUACACUCGAGAGCGGCACCAACGCCCCACCAAAUGAUAAUGUCCUACAACAUGAUGGGCUCCCUCCCUUCAGAGUCCGAUGAAGACGGCGGCAGGCCAGUCCAGAUGAUGAAGAAAAGGUUUAGGACAAAGUUCACACAGGAACAGAAGGACAAAAUGGUCAACUUUGCAGAGAAAGUUGGGUGGAAAAUCCAAAAGCAAGAAGAAUCAGUGGUGCAACAGUUCUGCCAAGAGAUUGGUGUCAAGAGAAGAGUCCUCAAGGUCUGGAUGCACAACAACAAGCACAAUCUUUCCAAUAAAAACUCCGCAACCGCCACCGCCACCGCCGCUGCAUGAUGAUCCAAACCAUCAGUCU